AGUGUAGAACAAUAAUUUGUGUCGGAGCAGAGUUUCACGGGCAAGUACGAGUGACUAGGACUCACGGUUUCGAUUGUAAAGACACUUGAGCUGUUUUCACAACCUUAAUUUGGUCAAAUCUCUCAGUUCCAAGGUUUCGAAUCCUCUUUCGCCGUGCGUUCGAGGAACACCUCGUUUUUCCAGAAAUGGUGGGAGUACUUUUUCCGUCGGGAGGUUGGGUGGCCGUGGCGGCGGCGGUGCUGAUUUGGAGCGCCGGAGGGGCACACGGGAUCAGAUUUGUGAUAGAUAGAGAGGAAUGCUUUUCCCACAAGGUGGCAUUGGGGGACACUGUUCAUUUUUCAUUUGUUGUGAUUAAGUCUGAUAAGUCCUGGAAUUUGGGUGAAGAUGGCGUUGAUCUUGUGGUGAAGGGACCUGUGGGCGAACAAAUUCAGGAUUUUCGUGAAAAAAUAAGUGAGAAGUCUGAGUUUGUGGCUCAUCAGGAAGGAGUUCACCGUUUCUGUUUCACUAAUAAGUCCCCGUACCAUGAGACCAUAGACUUUGAUGUACAUUCUGGUCACUUCAUGUUCCACGAUGAACACGCAAAAGAUGAACAUCUCAAGCCUUUGUUCGAACACAUUGGCAAGCUAGAAGAAGCUUUAUAUAACAUUCAGUUCGAGCAGCAUUGGUUGGAGGCUCAGACAGACCGGCAAGCUAUAGUGAAUGAAGGGAUGAGCAAAAGGGCAAUUCACAAAGCUUUGUACGAGUCUGCAGCUCUUAUUGGCGCUAGUUUUUUACAAGUUUUUCUCCUAAAGCGGUUGUUUGACCGGAAGCUUGGGCAGUCGAGAGUCUAAUCUUUUGGCAUGGAGAUUCAAGUUAUCGGUGCCCAUAGCGGAUGAAGAAAAUUCAGGUUUAAGCAACUUGUUCUUGAUACUAAGGAAUCGAUUAGGCAGUUGGAUGCUGAUGAUGUUUGGCAAAAAGAACAAAAAUGAUAACAUUUUCUUAUUCCUUGCUUAUGAACCUUUAACCUUUUGUGGCUCUGCCUAUUAACAAAAUUUCCCAUGUUGCACAUCCUUGUUUUUGCACCAUUCGGUCCAUACGUUGGUGCAGACUAAUUACGAGAUCUGUAAUAGAUAAACCCAAGUUGAGUAUGUUUAUGCAUUGGAAUAUUGCCAUCUGUGUUUCA